AUGGAGACGGCGGUGCGUUGGUCUAACACUUCAGUAGCAGGCAACGAGCGAUUUCUCUUUGUUGACGUUGCCGGCAAAUCUUUUACCCUGUGUCGAGUCAGAUGCAGAAAGAAAGGAGUCCUCAAAUAUGACAUCCUUUCAGAGUACAAAAAAGUCCCAGCCUUUCGAGCGUUCGACUGGUCACCAACACAUGAAGGAGUCGUUGCUGUCGGUCAACUAUCUGGAGAAGCCACAGUUCUGCGGAUAGACGAUGGGUCUCAAGCAGUUCUCUCGUUUCCCGUUCACAGUGAAAGGUUCUGUAAUGCUAUCGCGUUCAACAAUCAAGGUUUGCUGGCUGCAGGCCUUGACAGAGUGCGGACAGACUAUUGCCUGAAUAUUUGGGAUCUGCAACAGCAGUUGCCAUCUGGGAGUACUUCUGGUUUCGUGAGGAGUUCAGGACGAACUUAUCCUGAGCCACUGCAUAAAUUAGCAAGCUCUGAGCCUAUAACCAGCAUCAAAUUCUUCCGUAACGAGCCUCGGACCUUAGUUGCAGGCGUCAAGGGUCAGUUUGUACGUCUGUAUGACCUUCGCGAAGCUCCAGGGAGCGCUUCCAUGCAAUUCACUACACGAUGCGUCAGCAAUGUCGCCAUUGACUCAAUGGAUGAGAACUAUUUCGCUUCAUGUUACCCAAUAAAUGGUGCCAUCAUAUGCAUUUGGGACCGUCGCGCGGGCUCCCGACCACCAAUGGCCCAGGCUAGCUUCUUCUCUACUACUUCAGGAGAAACGACCCCACUGCGUACUUCCCUCGAGCUGAAGAACGCCACUGAGGCACCAGGGUCGAUCUGGAGCUUACGCUUUUCCGGUACACGACGAGGCUGUCUAGCCAUGCUAUCAAGUGCAGGUCAUUUUAAAACGUACGACAUUGGUAAAGAGUUCCCACAGACCAAUGUAAGCUCGGAUUCCAAAGCUGAACAGCUGGAAUCUCAGAGUAUUACCGUUCCUGAAGAUCUCUAUCUCCAUGGCAUACAAGAUGUACAGCAUGCCUAUGAUCACCCGAAGGAAAGUAGACUCAAGAAAGAUCGCAUUGUGUCUUUCGACUUCAUGAAAACUGGUGGAACAUGGAAUGAACCAAAAGUUAUCACGCUAACUGGCAAUGGUUGCAUGGCCGAACUCUCUAUCCCCAUGGUUCCAGAGCCAGAAGUGUUCUCUUCCAUUGGCUUGAUUCACAAGGGAACCAAGCAAGUGCAACGGUCCUUAGAUCCUGUGAAUGUCGUGUUCGGCCAUUCCAACAACAUACCAGCUACGAAGGUAAAACCCGCUGAAACGGAACUGCCAGGAGCGGUCGAGAUAUUACUUCAGUAUAUUCGCUGCAAAAAUGGGUAUCUAUUCUCCCUUAAGAAGAAUCAAGCUAUCUGUUCUGAGCUUCCACAGCUAACGGAUCUGUGGGUCUGGCUAGAGCGGGCACACAAAGAGCAUCUGGCUGGUACCACUGUUCAUGACGACCUCGAUCUUUCAUAUCUUGGUGUUCAUGCUAUCUGGAUGGAUGAUCUCGGACCAGGACCUUACAACACCAGAAGCUUAGGCCCUUCUACCAUCAAUGUGGCCAAAGUCAUUAAGAACUUGGUUCAGCAUCACAAUAUCCCAGAAACUAAGACGUGUAGCACCGACUACGAGUUUCAUCGUCGGCUGUGUUUGUAUACCCUACAGCAGGCUUGGACAUACGAACAGCUUGAGAAGAUGGUAAGCGAGCUCGUGUCACAAAAUCAUCAUACCAAGGCCGCUGCAAUGGCGGUCUUUGCCAACGAGACCAAACUUGCAUAUCGUGCAUUGCGCAGCUCCUCUGUCCAGUCUGACAAAAUGAUCGCGAUGGCUAUCGUUAGUGCCACGCAACGAGCUGUAGGGAACAAUGAUGAAGACAACGACGGAUGGAUGGAGACGAUCGAAGUUGUCGCCAAAGAUAUUACCGAUCCGUUCGCUCGUGCAAUCUUAACCUUCGUCAAAAAGGGUGAUUGGAAUGCUGUGAUUGAAGAAGAGACUCUACCAUUGCCAUACCGGAUUGGUGUAGCUAUACGAUGGUUAAACGACAGUACAUUAACCCAGUACAUCUCGAGGAUCACGAAGGAAGUGGUCAACUCAGGCAAUAUCGGAGGCAUCGUCUUGACCGGCCUCGGGACUAGAGCCGCAUUUGAGCUCUUGGGUAAUUAUAUGCGCCAUUCUGGAGACCUACAAACAUCCGUGCUUGCCUUGACAUGGACGGUCCCUCGUUAUCUUGAUGAUACGAAGUUGGUGCGGACGUUUUUGACAUGGCGUGAAACGUACCGUGACUAUAUGAAUUCAUGGAAUCUUUGUUUCGAUCGUGUGGAUUUUGACAUUAUAAGCUCCAGGAUUUCUGUGGAUGCCGACGGAAAGCGUCUUUUGGGACCUCCCAAGCCACAAGUCGCGCUUAGUUGUGGAUAUUGUAAACAGAGCAUUGCGCAUUUUGACCAAGGGAGCGGAGAUGACGGUGCGGCUUCUACUAUUCACCAAACUCAGAAGCAUCCAUUGAGCAGUGAGAAAGCUUCAGCAAUUGGAACGGUUUGUCCCAAAUGCGGAAGACGACUUCCAAGAUGCGGCGUUUGCGAUAUGGAAUUGGGAAUGCCGGACCCGUCGUAUCUGAAGUGGUUCGCGCGUGGCCAAAAACAGGGCAGUGUUGAUCUUAGCGCCAGCCUUGCAGGGUCAGUUGUCACAACUCUAGGUCCAGGCACAACAAGAUCAAAGGCUGGAUCUGAACCCCCUGAUGGAAACAGGUCAAAACCUGGCUCCGACCCAGCAGAGAUAAAUAGCCCGGAGCCAGGGUCGGACCAGCCAGGGAAAACAUCCCAAGAAUUAGCUCCAAGCAAGCCUGUCGACCAAGAGAUGUUGCGUAAAUUCAUCGCCUUCUGCAUCAAAUGCAGUCAUGGGUUUCAUGCAAACCACGCAAUGGACUGGUUUCGUGGAAUUAGUGGCAGGCAAGGACAUUCGGUGUGUCCUGUAAGUGAAUGCAGUUGUGUAUGUGACGUGUGA